ACCCCUCCUAAUAUUAAAUAAGCUCGGUUUCCUCUUCGGCUCAGUUAUAUCGUUUUGUUCCUCUCUCAUCGGAGACAGUCGCUGACGUGUACACGUUUAAAAAAAGGCUUCAAACUCUGAAGUUUGAAUGUGUGCGUUUUUUUUUCAUCAAGUCAGCUGUGGAUCUUCUAUUGAUUUUUCACAAGAGUACCGACCAAUGAGAAAGACCACGACUUUUUCCCGUAGAGCGAGCUUUUUUAAUGUCCGAUAGUUUAUAACGAUAAACGAUGUAAAUUGUACAUUAGGUCUUUUAAAAAGGAAAACCGCGAGUUUAGCGGUUCGGCUUCUGUGAAACCGUGUGCGAUAAGUGUUGAUAAAAAUGCAGGUUGCUACUUUAUUUCGAGAGGCGACGACACUACUCGGGGCUGGUAUGGAGGCGCCCGAAGGGACUGGACUUAAACUGGACUGCUACAGAGGUGGAUAUCAAGAGAAUGGUAAUGGUUUAAUAAAAACGGAACCGCCACAUGAUGAUGGUUAUGAAACAGCAGGAGGAGGUGAUGUGGAUAUUCCAAACCAUCAUCAUGUUCCUAACCACAUGGGGCUAGUGCAAAAAAUGGGAAAUCAUCCUAUAGGUGAAGGAAACAUGAUUAAAUAUGAAAUGCAGGACGAUCCUUAUUCGUUUGUCGAUGAUGACCAUAUGAUGGCACCGGUGCAGUGUCCUCCUCUCAUAAUGCAGCAAGCUCCAAAAAAAAGAGGCCGGAAGAAAAAAAUAAAAACAGAAGAGUUGCAACCAUUACACAGCCAUAACCAACAUGGCAUGGGUUAUCAGGGUAUAAUGGGAUGUCUACAAAGUCCUAUAAAAGAUCCUAGCAGUAUGAAAAUUGUAAAAGAAAGAAAAAAACACGAUCGUUUUAACGGAAUGCCUGAAGAGGAAGUUUCGAAGAGGACUCUGCCAGAUCAUUUAACACAAAAUUUAGAUAUUGUUAUUAUCGGAAUAAAUCCAGGACUAUUUGCUGCUUAUAAAGGGCAUCAUUAUGCUGGGCCAGGAAAUCAUUUUUGGAAAUGCCUUUAUUUGUCUGGUCUGACACCAGAGCCAAUGACUGCUGAUGACGACUAUAAACUUCUUAAAGUAGGAAUCGGUUUCACUAAUAUGGUAGAAAGAGCGACAAAAGGCAGCGCUGAUCUCACAAGGAAAGAAAUCAAAGAAGGUAGUCAAAUUUUAUUAGAAAAACUGCAGAAGUUUAAACCCAAAAUAGCAGUGUUCAAUGGAAAACUUAUUUUUGAAGUAUUUUCUGGAAAAAAGGAUUUUAGCUUUGGACGACAACCUGAAUUAGUAGAUGGAACUAAUACAUACAUGUGGGUUAUGCCGUCAUCUAGUGCUCGUUGUGCUCAGCUUCCAAGAGCAGCUGAUAAAGUCCCAUUUUAUGCUGCACUGAAGAAGUUUAGAGAUUAUUUAAAUGGUGCAGUGCCAGAAAUUGAUGAUAAGGAACUAGUUUUUUCAUAUUCAAAACUAAAAAACUUUUUUGAACCUGAGAUAAAGGAAGAAGGUAAAGAUGGACAAUGUGUUUAUAAUUACAACAAAGUAAAUGCCGAUUUGACAGAUAUAAGUAAUUUGGGUAAAAAAGAUGAUGAACCAGUUCAGCCGAAGAAGAAAAGAGGACGUCCUAAAAAGAUUAAAGUGGAAGGUGAACAACCAAGACCGGAAGAACAGCCGAAACCGAAAGUCGAAGACAAACAGGGAGUUCCCAAAAAAAAGAGAGGAAGGCCAAAAAAGAUAAAAGUCGACAAUGAGAAUAUACCCCAGCCUCCUUCGGAACAUAGCAACCCACCUAACCACUGUUUUUCGCCCCCUAUUCAAUCACCAAAUAUGCAGAACUUCCCCUUAUAUCAACAACCGCAUUAUAAUCAAAGUUCUCAAUCGCCUCUCCCUACAAGUUAUCACCAAUCUCCAAUGCAGUCUCACGGUUACAACCAGUCACCUCAGCCUCCGUCAUUUACUCAUUCAGAUUUGUCUUCAGAAAUUAGUGCAGCUAUAUCUUCCGAACAAAAUCCAGAAUCUCCCGCCCUCGGGCCGCCGGAUUUUGAUCCUCCAGUAAAUCUUACUGAAGAGGUUAGCAAAAGUCCCAACCAGAAGGAUGACGAUUGUCACUUUUCUAGUCCUCAAUCAAAAAAGAGUUACCAAAAUUACGAUGAUUUUUCAACUGAUUCUGAUUCUGGUGUGAGAUAUCCACCAAAGCAAAUAAAUCAAGAUGUUUCAUCAAAGAGCCUUUCUGGCCUUGAAUCGCUGGUUGACCAAAUACCAAAUAUAACUGACAAUGACCAAUCUCACACAGUUGGAAGUGGUGAAAGUGAGCAUAUGGGAUCUCAGUAUUCAGAGGAUUCGGCUUAUCUAUCUGACUAUCCACGAUCAUCACACUUCAGCCCUCAAUAUAAUACUAGUACUUCUAAUUCAUAUAUGCAACAACACAGUAAUUUUUCAGUAACAUCUCUAGCGAAUAGUUCAGCUACAGAUUCAACAUUUUCGGUAAGUUCGUUGGCCGGUAGUUAUACUCCUUCAACCUAUGCUAAUGUUAUGGGACCUCCUAUGUCUACAAUGAUUGAUUCAAAUCCCCCUUUAUUUACAAAUUCUUUGGAUAGGGCAUGCAGAAUAGAUUCUUCAGUUAAUAUUCCACCAGGAAAUCCUUCGAUUCCAUAUCCUUAUCCACAGUAUUCUAAUCCAUACUCAAAUGCUAGCUCUGGUUUUUAUCCGACGACGCACAACCUUCAUAUGCCUGGUCCAAAUUUCCCUUAUCCAGGCCCUUAUUCAAAUUCUUCCUAUCCGCAGUCAGGUUAUUUACCAAACCAUAUGUUCGAUAGAAUUAAACCGGAUCGUAUGGAUAUCGGGUUUGGAAGCUUCUGAUAAUUUUCUUAAUAUUUUAAUUGUUCAGUAUGAAAAAUGGUAACCCUUAAAUACAAUUACUUAUUGUGUUAUUGUAUGAGGAUUUCUUGUUCUUUAUAAUUGUUAAAUAUGUUUUAAUAUUUAGACAAAAUUUAAUAUUUUCAUAGCAUCUUCCAUUUGUUGGGUAUUUGGUAGAGUUAUAAGCCAGUACUUUUGAAGUAUAAAAUUAAAAUUAAAAAAUAAAAAAUAAAACAAUUUUUUAUACUUUUACAAUUAUAUUCUUAUAUUACCCUGUGAUAUGUCAGCCUCAAGUUUUUUUCUAAUAUUCAUAAGUUACAUUUUAAUGGGUUGACAAAAAACAAAUUUAAAAAUGGAAUCAAAAUUCAAUACUGUUGCACACUCUUUUAGCCCAGUCGAUAGAAAGGAUAAUUACUUGGUUACAAUAAACAACAUAAUUU